CCAUUUUAACUCUGAGGACAUAGUGGCUGAUUCAUAGACCGCUAAAGAAGGAAAAUUUGGGUGAGCAAAAAUUCAGUAAAAAGUCUUGCUCACUUCCAUAAAUCCAUUCAGAGCUCGGCCAAAACUUGAAUCUUCAACAGCGUCAAGGCCAUGACUUCGGAAUAUCAGGGAGAGAGAAACACCAACACUCCAUCACCAUUGUUAGACAAUGAUCAGCCCAGAGAUUACAGAACCCUAAGUUUGCUUUACUCCAACUAUCUAUGGACUCAACUUUCCAAUUCUUCUUUUAUCGCAAAAUUCUCCAAUUUCUUUCUUCAAUUUGGGCGCGCUAGGUCUCGUCGUCAAAAACUAUGUCUGCCGCUUCCUCUUCCUUCCAAAUCGCUUGAUUCUUCACUGAUGAUGACAGAAGCAUCAAGAGUUUUUGAUGUUUUGGAGGAUGUUUUUGAGAAUGUAUUUUCAAAUAUGCACUAUGUUCAGAAGAAUUUGCGGUAUUGGAAGGCUAAAGCUGAGGGGUCAAAUGCUCAAAAAGCUUACUUUAUGCUUUUUGAGAGAGGGCCACAAGCUUUAAUUGGUGAAACGGUCGGAUUUGUGCGAAAUUUUAUUCUGGAAGAUUCUUCUUUUCAGACUCUUUGCCAUUCUGCUUCAGACCUCAUAUCCAAGAGAGUAAUUGUUCUGGAUAACUUGCAGCGUGCGCUUGCUACAUUCUUGACGCAGGUGUAUAUGGUUAUUGAUAAACAAGGGAAAGAUUUGAUGGAUAAUCAUCACACUCUGCCAUCAUUACUGCACGCUAUCAAUGGAUUGUUUUCAGAUCUGGAGAUAUCUGUUGCUCAAAUGAAUGUUUCUAUUUUUAAGAAGGAUUUGUUUGCUGGUGAGAACAAUUCAUCUACACUGGUAUUCAAUAAAAUGACAGAAGUGCUGAGGGAACCAUCGCAGUGGACAGAUGGUGAAAUUCGAGAUGCUAUAGAUAUUGUAUAUCAGAACCUCAAGAAGCUGAAUUUGUAUAUAUCUGGUGUUGUUUCUAGACAUCAGAAGCCCCGUAAAAUGACCCGGUAUUGGGUGCGGUAUACAUGUGGCGCUGUUGGCCUUUCUAUUUGUUCACUGUGGAUUGUUCGUCAUAGUAGAUUAGUUGGAAGUUCUGACAUUGACAAUUGGAUUCGUGAAGCUAAAGAAUCAACAAUUAGUUUUUGGACUGAGCAUGUGGAGCAACCGCUUUUGUCAAUUAGGGACGAACUUUUUGAGACAUUCAGGAAGAGACAUAGGGGAGUUAUGGAUUCUGAAGAAGUGCAGUUAACUGCUAAUUCACUCCGCAGAAUGUUAGUGGCUUUUGUUGAGCAGGCAAAGGGCCAAAAGCUCCCUGAAAAUACUACAGAUCAGGAAAUGCUUGAGAUAGUUAUGGCAAGAUAUGAGAAGGAGCUGAUGAAUCCCAUUAAGAGUACUGUUUUUGGAGAUCUUCCAUGUUCUAUGCUCAUACAGGUUCAAAAACUGAAAUUAGACAUUGAAACAGCAAUGCUUGAAUUGAACCAGAUUCUGAAGGCAAAUGAAAUCAACUUUGCAAUGUUAGCUGCCUUACCAGCUUUUGUUCUCGUUCUAAUGUUAUUCAUGUUGAUGCGUUCAUGGAUGAUGCAGGACAAGGGUGCUGAAGGAAAAGGUAUACUUGCUCGUCGUCAAAGGAGGUUGCUCAUUGCAGAGAUUGAGAGAAGGAUCAUGCACUAUCAGUCUUGUAUGGAUCGAGGACAGGCGCAAGAUGCCCAAUACAGCUUUGGCUUUGUGUUGUAUACUCUAGAUCGUCUUUAUCGUGCAGUAGAGGGACAUGCUAAGAUUACUGGAGAAUGGUCAUGCCUGAGGGAGGAUAUUAUUGAUAUAGCGAGACCAGGCAUUCAGACUACAGACAAGCUGAUUAUCACUUCACGCUUGAGAGCUUACGACUGCUUGCUUUUUUCAUUGAAGCAGUAGAUUCAACUCUGUUUUGCAGCAGCCAUCACUGAGAUAUUCGGUAAAAAACCCUUAGCAUACUGUGAUUUGGGCCAUUUUGUCUCUUCAAAUAUACACUUCUGGUCCCAAAUAUACAUACUAUGCAUUCGUUUUCUGAAGAAAAUGGGAGUAGAAUUGUUGUGGUUUUGAUCAAAGUUCAAAACUUCAGCAUUUUUUUUGUGGGCGUGUGUGUGAUCAGUGAUCAGUGAUCACAUUCUUGUGUUCUGAUUUUAACAAUUAAUUUUUGCUGUUGGCAAUGUAUUUUGGUCAAACGGCCACUUAAGCCAGUCAUCCUAGUCAUCCCAUUUCCCUUUUAUUGUUGGUAGUGAGAAUACUACCUUUUUAAGUAUUAGCCUAUGACAAUAUGAGUUUCAGUAAGUGAAUAAGUCAAGGAUAUUUCUCUACUUUUUGUCUAUCAUCAAGAGAUUUGGGAUUAAAAAGUGAAAACUUCGAAAAUUUUAGUGGUAACGGAGACAAGUGAACAUACAUCGAUAAGAGAAAGAUCAAUUCAUUUUUACAUAA